AUGUCCGAGCCAACACCUCGCAAGCGCUCGCGUUUAGCCUGCACCUUAUGUCAGUCGCGAAAGCGCAAAUGUUCAGGUGGACAGCCUUGUAGCACGUGUGCCCAAACUGGCGCGGAAUGCCAAUACAGUGCGCGCAAGAAGCGCGCCGGAUCCCAUAGUCUGUACCGAGCGAGCCUGUCACUCAAUGAGCGACCUACAGAUGGCUGGCCCAAUGCAGUUCCAAAUCCUACUAGAGCCGCAGCUAGCGCCACGGUACAGGCUUCUCCCCGCCGUACAAGCAGUUCAGAGGGCGUUACCCUACAGGCCAAUUCUGGUGCCGCGUUUGUUCGCAAACUUGGGCUGAAAAUUGACCCGGCGCAUGCACCAAGGUUGCAAUUGUUUGCUUGGAAUGUUGGCGAAAGACGGAUGUCGCCAAUAGUAUCGUCGGCGCUUCCUUCGAUGCCCGUCACGGCGCCGACGCCGACGACUAUCACCAAAAUUAUCUCACAGGAAGAGAUGCGACGGCUAGCCGCGAUUUACUUUGAGAAGGUCGAUUCAUGUUAUACAUUUCUGGACCGUAAGAUGAUCUUUACUCGAAUCGCAAAGCGCUGGGAAUCUUCGUUAUCUCCGAUGGAUUCUGCGGACCACCCCUAUGAUGCUGUAUUAUGCGGCGUGGCUGCCUUCGGGUAUCUAUUUUCGCGGCGUGAAAUCAUAGCAAUGGAACUUCGACUCAUCGAGACCGCGCGCAUUCUACUAGAUAAGAGUAUACUUGCAGCGGAAAUACCCUCAGUCGAUAUAGUGACAGGCUGGGUGUUGCGUGCUGCGUAUCUACGCAUGACAGCCUCACCACAUGUUGCAUGGAUGGCCAGUUGUACACUGAUGCAUCUCAUCGAAGCUGCAGGAUUACACCUUGAAACUUCAGAUCCAGAAGCAGUAGGCUUGCUUCAAGUAUCGCCCGAGGCACGCAAUCGCCAAAAUGGCGAUAUACUAGGAAACCGGGGCACCAGCGACCCCGAAACCCGACGAAGACUGUUUGGUAUGGCUCGUCACCUCAACACGUGGAUUUCCUUCGACCUCGGCCGUUCCCGAGUUGUCCUUCACGGUGCCACAGUCCUCUCUCCUAAAAGAGGACCUCCAUCCCGCAACCCACCACUGCAAGCACCACCCCGAGUCCCACGCGCAGACCUCUUCCACCUCCUCCCACUUUCAGAAAACCUCGACCCAACAGGGCCGUCACCACAAGAUCUCCCAGAACUUGAAACAGCCCUCACAUCAGUCUUGGACAUCAUCUACUCCGAACCCUCCCUAAUCUUAGUCCAAUGCAACCUAAUGCUAUGCAUUUACCGCCGUCUCCGCGCUCUAAAUCCACAUGGCUCAUUAUCCUCUAACCUUCUUGACCGCGUGCUCGCACUGGCCGGCCGCGGGCUCCGCGCCGCACGAGGAAUGGUCGCCUCCACCUGCCCCUGGCACCAAGUGGCCAACGUCCCCUUUCAGGUCGUCUGUUCGCUUCUAGCGAUUGACAAUCGCGCCGCCUUGGCGCUGCUCGCUGAUGCGAUGCGGACUCUGCGUGAAGUUCUCGCUGCCUAUGAUACACCUUCUAUGCGUGAAGCGUAUUCUACGGCAUACCUACUUAUCGCGUUACAUCAGCGGCGAAAGGAGGAUGAUACCCGUGCUCUUGCUGAAGUGUUACGGGUCAAUGCUGCUGCGGCACCCGCGGACGAUCAGAAAGAUCAACAGAUUGCACGGACAGCGUUUGCUGACCAGAGCCAAAGACAAGAGCAACCUGCGCCAGAAGCGCUGGCAUCAGAUGCAGAGUUCUCAUGGCUGGGUGAUUUGAUGAUUGAUAUGCCUAGCCUGCAGAACUUUGAUCUAGACCAAUUUUUAAUGACGGAUGUCCCAUGGCCUUUACCAGAGAUGGGAAUCUGA